AUGUCACAGCCACCUAAGAAAAGAGCGCGACAAACAUCCCAAGUUGACAACGGGCCUGCAAGCGCAGCAGCCUGUGAAAGAUGCCGAUCGCGAAAGGUCAAGUGCGGAGCCGAGUUUCCCAUAUGCAAAGGCUGCCUCAAAGCCAAUACACCGUGCAUAAUUGCCGAUCCAUCGACCCAAAGACCUUACACUCGAGAGGAAGUAUUUGCACUGGAGCAAAGGUUGAAAGACCUUCAAGAGAGGGCAGCAGCGAUUGAUACUUCAGUUGCAGUUCAAGAUGACCCUCUAACUUCUCGUCAAGCAAACAUUGGUCGAAUCACACGUCCACCGGACGUUUUUCGCUAUGUUGGUCAAGAUACGGGCGUCAGUUUCUUACUCUCACAGUUUCAUUCGGCGUCGGAUCGGUUACAGCAUGGUUUAUCGCGGCCAUCAGACGACGUCCCAACAACGCUCACUCGUAUUGAGUACCAUUCACCCCAUCCGUUCCCAGCUCCUCACAUCGCUGUGCAAGCCAUUGAUCAUUAUCUCACGGAUCGCAGCUUCAAAGAGUUUCACGUCGCACACCCGUUUCUCAAGCGAGAGGUGCUGCAAAGCUGCCUUGAGCGGGUUCCGGACUGGAGCACCCAAGAAAGGAUCAACUUGACAGUUGAGCAGAGGCACGAUAUCUUCCAGCUCUAUAUGGCCAUUGCUAUUGGCAGCAUACGACUGUUUCGGGAAAAGACAUUGGAUCAGCAUCCUUUCGGUUUCUUCAGCGCCGCUUUAGAGAUGAAUCCUCCUGCAGAAUCUCGCUACAAUACACUUGGAAAUAUUGAAAACCUCAUAUUAAUUGCUCGCUUUGGUGUCUAUUACAACAUUGGUAUGUAUGAGGUCCACUUCACCAGGCCUGCCGCUCUCUCGGGUGCUGAUGCAAUCGACAGGAUGCUCGCUGUGGGAGCUGAGUCGUCUCUACGACGCCCCAAAUUAUGCGGCAAUGAUACCUCGCUCCUUCAACAGUGCCAGAGUGUCUUUUGGGCGGCUUAUCUCUUAGAUAGAUUCUCGUCGAGGACUUUAGGGCGUCCAUUCGCAAUAGCGGACAAGCUCAUCUCCACCGAUAUCCCGGACCCAAUUCCGCCCCACGGAGGAGACCUCUCGGUUUUCCGAUGGUUGAUCGGAAUGGGACGCCUUUCAUCUGAAAUCCAAUCCGCGAUGGAGGAGAGAAGACCGUCUUCUGCAUUAUUUAGUGUCGGACCAUCUGCAACUUCGACUCCCGACCUAGGUGGAGAGUUGUGUCAGCUACUCUGUUUUCAUCACGAUCUACGCAGUUGGCAUGAGUCAGCGCCAUUAUUUGAUAACCCGAGCUGCUUAAUGGAGACAAGAGAGUUCUUUGAGUUGACAUACCAGGAAGAACGACUUCGUCUCAUCCGUGCAACUAUUGAGGUUUUGGGCUCUAAAGCCCUGCUACCGCCUGGUGUACUUCUCGAACCCUGUCUGCAAGCCGCUCGCGCAAUCAUCUGUUCCUUCGCUGCUUUGCGGGGUCGGAAUAUGAUUACUUUCUCGAGAGCCUAUAUGCACCUUAUAUUCACUGCGGCGUUGGUUAUCCUUGCAAUGCUCGAGACGUACAUCCAUCCACAGAAUGUACGUAAUCACCAGACAAGAUCGUCUGGAAUAGAUGCUGAUGACUGGCUGCGAGAUCUUGUUGAUGACCGGUGGAUCGCUGGCGCGAGAGAUAUAUGGAAUGAUCUAUCUGUAGCUGGUUCAUUGCUAUCAUGGUUCGCAGAGUCUAUGCCAGAUAUGGCUGUAUAUAACCAGUUUUUCCAAAGGCUGCGCCGCCAGUUGGAAACGGCAGGAUUCUCAGAAGAACAGUCUACGCAGCUGGUGCUGGAAGGUACUGCGGAAGGUUAUGAAACACAUCCAUUUCGCGAAACCCCACCCUCCAAUACUUCAAACGCUGAGAAUAACACUGUCUUGAAUAUAGAGCAUCCGCUGGAUAUGGGUGGCAUGAACGACCUUGAUCUCACAAACGUUCAGGCGGUUAACCCGCAGUGUGGAAUGAGUGAGGAUGUAAUGCCAGAAGGGUGGCCACUUGCCUAUGUGUUAGGGGUAGAGGGCAUCUCAGCGGGCUUGUCUGAGUUUCUGUGGGAUACCGUGGUUCCAUGGGAAGAGUCUCCGGCAAGUUCAUCAGACUUUUAG